UUCACUUGGUUUCGACGAGACUGCCGUCCUAUAGCACCCGUCUGUUUGCUCGUGUUCUCGACAUUUCUCACCAGUGGGCUCGAAGCACUCCCGGAAGUACGCAACAAAACAUGGCUGCACUGAUCACCGAUGGAGUCAUUUCUUCUCCCUUUGCUGAUUUCGAUACGAAAGGUCGUUCGGCGGCUCAGGUUAUAACAGAAUACCUCAACAAGUUGGCAGACAAGGUCGUUGCUGUGGACACAAGCACAUCUCUCACUGCCGGGCAAUUGCUCUCGAAGGCACGAAGAUACGCGGCGGGUUUUCAAAAAUGGGGCGUGGCUCCAGGAGCUCGAGUGUGCGCCCAUCUUCACAACACUGUGGAGAGCAUGGCCGCUGCGUUCGCUGUGAUGUUCGCCGGCGGAACCGUCGUCCUUGCGAGGACUACACUGGUUGCAAGAGAGCUUCUGUACCAGAUACGAGACAGUGAAUGCAGUUUCGUUCUGACGGACGAGCUCUGUACGGGCACGGUUCUGCAAAUCAAGGACGACCACCCGCUUAAGGGCUUGUUUGUUAUAGGAAACGUCACCGGUUUCACCAACAUCCGACAGUUUGAGGAGCUUUCCGAAGAUUCCCUGAGGGAGUACGUUCCGUCCGACACCAAAGAUGAAGUUGCUGCAAUCGUCUACACCUCAGGCUCCACGGGGCUUCCUAAAGGGGUGGAGAUAUCCCACAGCGCAUACGUAUCGUCCCUACUGGCAAUAGAAACUGUGAAGAUUUGUACUGAAGACGACGUGUACUUGGCAUCUAAUCCUUUGACUCACCUCUCUGGGUUCGUGCUCAACGGGUUCUGCAUGUGUCUUGGUGCUACUGUGGUGUAUCGGGAACCAACUAUCUCACUUCAUGAGCUCAUCGAAGUCAUUGAAAAACACAAGGUGACCCUGAUGGUCAGCUUCCCCGCGAAGAUGCAGUCGCUCUUCAUCCAGGCACGGCGGACCGGAGUUGAGGUCCCGAGCGUUAAGACGCUAGCGAUCGGAGGAAGCCCUAUUACGAAGUCGCUGGGGAAGGACCUGCGCGACCUCUUCCGCUGCGAGACCCUGGUGAACGUCUACGGAAUGUCGGAAGUCGCCGGUCUGAUUUCCACGACGCCUAAGGGACAGGUCACGCUGGAACAUUCUGGAUUUGCCGGUCCUGGCACCAAGAUCAAGAUCAUUGACAUCAAUACCGGAGCAACAUUGGGACCUUUUGAGCAUGGCGAAAUAUACGUGCAAAGCAAGUCGGUUAUGAGAGCCUACUAUAAGAAACCUGAAGCCACCGCGGCAUCGUUGGACAAGGAUGGUUGGCUGAAAACAGGUGACCUCGGCUACUACGACGAAGAGGGUCACCUAUAUUUCGUGGAAAGGCUGAAAGAGAUGAUCAAGUGCAUGGACAACCAGCUAGCGCCGGCCGAGUUGGAACAGAUCCUACUCGCGCACGACGCGGUCAAGGAAGUGGUUGUCGUCGGAGUGCCGAGCAUAAUGUACGGGGAAGCUCCUGCUGCCAGCGUGGUCCUGGACGAUGCUUGCCAGCUGCCGAAAAAAGAAAUUAAACGAAAAUUGAUUGAACUUGUUGCAGGUCAAACGGCAGUGUACAAGCAUCUCUACGCUGGAGUCAUUUUUGUCGACUUCAUUCCCAAAGCUGAGAAUGGGAAAGUCAUGAGACAGGAACUUAGGUCGAAAUGUGUGACUAAAGAACCCACGGACGCCGAAAAAUAAAAAAUAAAAAGAAAUAAUAGCGUAUAAAUAAAAAAACAACAACAGAGAA